CUCUUCCUUGUGUUCCACGCCUAUUCCCUGUCUGCCAUCUCCACCCUACGGUCCAACUCUCCAACUCCACCAGACCGCGCGCUCGCGCGUUCGCCCGCCACUGAUCGCUUCCUCACUACGAUGUGCGGAUGCCCUAGAAGAAGGACUUUUCGGGAUCUCGCAGGGAUCCACAUCUCUCUUCUUUUACAAUGGACGCCGCUUCUCGACCCGCUGUGGUCAUCGACAACGGAACCGGGUACACCAAAAUGGGGUUUUCUGGAAAUGUUGAGCCCUGCUUUAUCAUCCCUACUGUAGUAGCGGUUAAUGAAUCCUUUCUAAAUCAGUCGAGGAGUUCUAAUAAGUCCAAUUGGCUAGCACAAUACAAUGCAGGAGUGAUGGCUGACCUUGAUUUUUUCAUUGGAGAGGAGGCUUUAUCUCGGUCACGCUCAAGCAGUACUUACAAUCUAAGUUAUCCGAUUCAUGAGGGUCAGGUGGAGAAUUGGGAUACAAUGGAAAGAUUUUGGCAGCAAUGUAUUUUUAAUUACCUGCGGUGUGACCCUGAGGAUCAUUAUUUUCUUCUAACUGAAAGUCCACUUACAGCUCCCGAAAAUCGUGAAUAUAUGGGAGAAAUCAUGUUCGAGACAUUUAAUGUCCCCGGACUGUAUAUAGCAGUCCAGCCUGUUCUAGCCCUUGCUGCUGGAUACACCACUUCAAAGUGUGAGAUGACAGGGGUUGUAGUUGAUGUUGGAGAUGGGGCUACUCAUGUUGUUCCAGUGGCUGAAGGUUAUGUGAUUGGAAAUAGCAUCAAAUCCAUUCCCAUUUCUGGCAAGGAUGUUACUUUGUUUAUUCAGAAGCUUAUGAAGGAAAGGGGAGAGAAUUUACCUCCUGAAGACUCUUUUGAAGUUGCUCGGAAGGUUAAGGAAAUGUAUAGCUACACUUGCUCAGAUAUUGUUAAGGAGUUUAAUAAGUAUGACAAGGAACCGAACAAGUAUAUCAAGCAAUGGACGGGUAUAAAGCCAAAGACUGGAGCACCAUACUCUUGUGAUAUUGGAUAUGAGCGCUUUCUUGGUCCUGAGAUUUUCUUCAAUCCUGAGAUAUACAGCAGUGAAUUUGCCACUCCAUUACCAGAAGUAAUUGACAAAUGUAUACAGUCAUCGCCUAUUGACACAAGACGGGCUCUCUAUAAGGUAUAUGAUCAAAAUUUAAGCUGCCAAAUAUUUUUAUCUUUCAGUAUCCUCACUAUUGGUUUGCCAUUACAAUUUCAGAAUAUAGUGUUAUCAGGGGGGUCUACCAUGUCUAAGGAUUUUCAUAGAAGGCUCCAGAGGGACUUGAAGAAGAUUGUUGAUGCCCGUAUUGCAGCAUCUGAAGCAAGACUUGGAGGAGAAGUAAAGUCUCAUCCUAUUGAAGUUAAUGUGGUCAGUCACCCUAUACAGAGAUUUGCAGUUUGGUUUGGUGGUUCUGUGCUGGCAUCUACACCAGAAUUUUAUGGGGCAUGCCACACAAAAGCAGAAUACGAGGAACAUGGUGCAAGCAUUUGCCGAACAAACCCUAUAUUUAAAGGAAUGUACUGAAAUGCCAAGAGAUUUUUCCAAUUUGGCCAACGCAUUACUCACGUAAGCUCCCACACUACAGAAAACAAUAUAUACUACUGCUCUCCUGCAGUCCUCCCCCCCCCCCC